AUGUCGCAAGACUUCCAUUUCUAUGCUGCUGCUGUUCUCUUUGUCAUUUGGAGUGGGAACUGGAUUGUUUACCAUGUUGUCAGCAUCUGCUACGGGUGGUGGAAACUACACAGGGAGAAAAGUCCCAUUCCUCCAGCAACAGGCAGUUGGCCAGGUGUGUCUAUUUUAAAACCCCUUGUUGGCACCGACCCCAAUCUCAUCCUAAAUUUGGAAACUUUCUUCACCAUGAGUUAUCCUUUCUACGAGAUACUUUUUUGCAUUCAUGAAGAAGGAGAUCCCAGUAUCAAGAUAGUUGAGAAAUUACGAAAAAAGUACCCUCACGUGGAUAGUCAAGUAUUUCUUGGCGGAAAGAAAGUGGGAGCAAAUCCAAAAAUCAACAACAUUUUCCCCGGUUACCAAGCAGCCAAAUACGACCUCAUUCUCAUCUCUGACUCAGGGAUUAGAAUGAAAGUAGACACUCUCAUGGAUAUGGUACAACACAUGACAGGUAGAGUUGGUCUCGUGCAUCAAUUGCCGUAUGUAUGCGAACGCAAGGGCUUCCCAGCUGCAUUGGAGAAGGAGUUUUUCGGCACAGUUCAAGCACGUGCCUAUCUGUUUGCUGAAUUCUACGGUUUAAAUUGUCUCACUGGAAUGAGUUUUAUUGUAAAAAAGAAUAUCCUUGAAGAUCUUGGCGGGCUUCAGACAUUCUCAUGCUACCUAGCAGAAGACUUUUUCAUCGCCCGGGCUAUCCGCUCCAAAGGAUAUCAACUCACAAUUUCCUCUCAGCCUGCUUGGCAAAACACAGGGUGUCCACAGAUUUCAGCUUUUCAUGAACGACUUAUACGGUGGGCUCAGUUACGAUUUGCAAUGACCCCUCAUAUGACUGUUUUAGAGCCAGUUUUUGAGUGUAUGUUCAUAGGUCUCAUAGGAUCAUGGGCUGCUCGCGUACUCUUUGGGUUUAAUAUUCUUUUCUUCAUUCUUCUUCAUUCCCUAACAUGGCUCAUCCUGGACUGGAUCCUCCUCUCAGUAGUCAAUAAAGGAGGCAAGCAAAUGAACAAAUUCCAGUUCCUAGUCUGUUGGAUUUUUCGAGAAUCCUCCUCGCUCUUUGUGUACCUGCGUGCAUUUUCCAUGCCCUCUAUCCGCUGGCGAACAGGGACCUAUAGGCUUCGCUGGGGUGGGAAAGUGAAAGAGGCUUCGUCUAAUCUUCAUUUCACCCAUCCAUCUGACCGCCUGUCCAACGUAUGCAAUUCAUCUGUGGGACAGUCCGUGCAUCUAUUGAACUGCCGUUCGAUGAGCCAUACAUCCAUCUGCCCGUCAGAUACAUAG